AUGGCAGGGAUGGAUGUUCUUUGUAGUGACAAAACUGGAACUCUGACGUUGAACAAGCUUACCGUUGACAAGAAUCUUAUUGAGGUUUUUGCCAAAGGAGUUGAUGUGGAUGCUGUAGUUUUGAUGGCUGCUCGAGCCUCGCGAGUAGAAAACCAGGAUGCAAUUGAUGCUGCUAUAGUUGGGAUGUUGGCUGAUCCAAAGGAGGCACGAUCUUAUAUUCAAGAGGUGCAUUUCCUGCCCUUCAAUCCUACUGAUAAGCGAACAGCAUUAACCUACAUUGACAGUGAUGGUAAAAUGCAUAGAGCCAGCAAAGGUGCACCAGAGCAGAUCCUAAAUCUUGCACACAACAAGUCAGACAUAGAGCGCAGGGUUCACGCAGUGAUUGACAAGUUUGCAGAGAGAGGUUUGCGAUCACUUGCUGUAGCAUAUCAGGAAGUUCCAGAGGAAGGAAAGAGAGUGCAGGGGGCCCCUGGCAAUUUAUUGGUCUCCUGCCUCUCUUUGAUCCACCCAGGCAUGACAGUGCAGAGACAAUAA